AUGCUGGAAUUGGUUAGAACUUUCAUGCGUAACGCACGCCGAGAUGAGAACUACUACGAUGCGCUCUGGAUUUGCCAGUAUCUGAGUGACAUUCUGGGCCUAUCCACAAUAAGAACGUACAAACCGGGAGAAGUUCCAACUCACAAAGCGGUCCCAUACGGUCUUAUCCUGGCGACCGGGUUUCAAGCGUGCAUUUUCGUAGCAAACUGGCAGCUGGACAUUUUCAAGAACAAUUCCAGUUCGUUUAUUCUGCGUCACGGAAUGCGGACUAUUUUGCUGAUCGGACCAGUACUGUUGAUCAUUAUAACUGUCAAAAAAAUCGUUUUUCGGAAGGAAGCCGCAAGAUUGGUGGUUAUGAUCCAUGAGUUUGAUGCUGAGCUGUCGGAGAUAGGUUAUGACAUUGACAUCCGGUCCCAAAACCGUUGGUACAAUCGCUAUAUGGGAGUUACGUUCGUCAGCUUACCACCUCUUUUGAUUGUGGCAGCCUAUCUGACGUACCUUUCGACAAACGGUUCCUGGAUACCGUUCCUUUCGAUAUUCUUUAGCGUUAGCUUCACAAAUGCCUUGAUUAUGACCUUGAUUGGACACAGCAUAAGCUUGCUGUACGCGUUCAAGUGUAGAUUUCGAGCGUUGCAUCUUUACUUAAGUAAACUUCUGCCAACCGAACCAGUGGCGUCAAACAACUUCCGAUCGUUUCACAUUUCCAAACAGAGGGAUUGUAUUUCGGAUAAAAUCAUUUCCAUAGCCGAUCUCUAUCACACUUUAUUGCUUAUGGUGGACCGAUACAAUCGACACUACGGGCUGCAGCUGCUGUUGAACCACGUUUCGGCGACCAGUUUCACCAUCUUCAGUGCCUUUACGAUGUUUCGCUUCUUGAUUAGCCACGAUCAGCACAGUACCUAUCUGGGAAUUCUUAAUUUCAUCUGGAGCGUUUAUUACAGUUUGUUCCAAUUUUUGAACAACAUACUGAGCAGCACAGUGACAGCGGAAGCAAAGAUGCUCGGGAAAAUUACACAUAAGGCCAUCAACUACAGCUCUGAUGAGCUUAUCUGUGACAAGUUGCUCCUACUAUCGGACCAAGUUAAGCAGAGAAUUCCACUUGUAUCGUGUAAACUGUUCCUGUUCGACGCUCCAUUUAUUUUAACGACGUUGGGAUCUUUUGCCACUUAUUUGAUUAUUCUGAUACAGUUUGAUGUUGCCUCGUAAGCUUCAACCAAGGGAAAGUUAUAAUCUUUUUAAAACAAAGUUUUAUUAAUGCAUUUAAUUCUCGCGUGAGCUUGCAUCACGUCGUAUAAUCAAAAUGUAUAUACUGUUCCAGAAA